AUGGCGACCGUGACAACGCCCAUCCAUCUGCAGACGUCCAGCCACCGCCCAAGGCAAAUCAGCGACAAGAGACGUGACAAGAAACGCGUGGCCGAUCGACUAUGCCAACGCCAGGCACGAGCCCGCACAAAGAACAAGAUCGCCGAGCUGGAAGCAUUAGUGGCGCACCUGACGAGCCAGUCCGGCAAUGAAAUCUACAAAGAGCUGAAGGACGAAUUGGAAAAGUCUCGCGCGGAAAGCUCAUCUCUCAGGCGCAAACUCGCAACCAUCGCAUCGAUAGCUCGAAUCGGCGACGAAGGCCCAGUAAAGGCAGCGUAUCAUACUCCUCGCAACGAUGAUGCCGAUAUUUCCCUCGAGCAAGACAUUUCUAUUUCCGCUGCCGAUGAUCUGGAAGUCCACGAUGAAUCUGCUGCUCACCAAGGUGGAAAUGCAUGUGAAAUCCAUGGGAAUUUUGACACCAACUUCCCUGGCGCUGAGGGCUCGACUUUCAACUUCUUGGGCGGCAUAUUGGACGUGGACACGCUCAAUCAGACCGGAUUUGCUGCAUCAUUCCCAUCACCAUUGACGCCUCAAGCCGACACGUUCGGGAGCGCAUCCAGCUUUGCCCCGCCAGCGACAACUUCAAUCGACCUUUCCUUCCCCGAGAGUCGGUCGUCCUGCUCGUGCGUUCCUCGUACUGAAUCCAAUAUGUGGUCGUCGAUGAGCCAGACGUUGAUGGACUGGAAGGACCAGCAGCGGCCCGGGCUGAAACCGGGCGAGAACCACGACGACAUCGCCGUUCGAGCCGUAACGGAAGGUUGGGACGCCCCGUCUCUAGGCACAUUGAGCGUCCCAUGGCGCAUCUUGUCGCAAGUCGAUCGGAAAGUAUGGGCCAACUGUCGCCCCGUAGAUCGGUUGGCCGUUCUCAGCAUCAUGAAUAUGCUCCUACAGAAACACGCCUAUGCCAUUGACUUCUUCGUGUGGCCCGGCAUCCGCGAAAGAUUCAUCUACCAUCAGCACAAGUACUGUUCCGACAAGUUCUGGUCUCUCCUCGCCCAGCAUUUCCGCUUCGUAUGGCCCUACGACCUCCGCGAUUGUUAUGCACAUAACCGAUCGACCGGCCGAUAUCAGCUGUCUGACCUGUUCCGUCGUCAUCUCAACGAUCUCUCGUCCUUCACCUUCUGUCACGACAUGUUCAACAGCUUCCCUGAGUUCGAAUGCGAUAUACCGAAAUACAUGACGAUUCCACGGAGCCUGGAAUGUGAUCCCCAUGUUGAAAUCGGCCGUGGUCCGGAAACACCAUCUUUGGUUGGCACACGAGCCCAGUGGCCGUAUUUCAUACCAGGCGAAGUAGAACCUGACGAUAUGGCGGAAGGCAGCGGCCAUACGAUCGUGCCGUGGGCCCCGCAGCUCCAAGUGCCGAGUCGUCACUUCAGCUACUGA